CCCCGGGGGUGCCCCCCUGCCCUCAGUUCCUGGACGCCGACAACGUGCUGACGAACCCCGACACGCUGGGGUUGCUGAUGGCCGAGAACAAGACCGUGGUGGCCCCCAUGCUCGACUCCCGCGCCGCCUACUCCAACUUCUGGUGCGGAAUGACCCCCCAGGGCUAUUACCGCCGCACCCCGUCGUACCUGCCGCUGCGGCGCCGGGAGCGCCGCGGGUGCUUCGCGGUGCCGAUGGUGCACUCGACGGUGCUGCUGGACCUGCGCCGGCAGCGCUCGGGGGGUCUCGCCUUCCACCCGCCCCCCCCCGGCUACGGCGGCGCCUUCGACGACAUCAUCGUCUUCGCCUUCGCCUGCCGGCACGCCGGGGUGCAGAUGUUCGUCAGUAACCGGGAGGUGUUCGGGUUCCUGCCGGUCCCGCUGCGCUCCCAGAGCUCCCUGCGGGACGAGGCCGAGAACUUCCUGCACGUCCAGCUGGAGAUCAUGGGUGAGGGAUCCCUCUGGAAUCUGGGAAUCCGGGAUUGGGAAUGUCCCAUCCAGCCCCAGGGG